AUUUGGUUAUUUAACUGUCACGGGAAUCCAUGUCUGCGAAGGUUACGGAUGUCUACCUAAAUGGGGCUUUCGUUGUGGCUCAAAACUAACCGAAGAUAAAGAGGAAACAGAGGAAAAAGAAAUACGAAGUUCGAAUGGCCGCUACGAGCUUUUGCGGCCCCAAAUUCACCUCGCCGUCUCACAACCGUCGCUGCUUACACUACAGCACCGCGAACCUCAACUUUACUCACUUCUCAAACCAGAGGAGGGAACAUAAUGCUCACUCCCUGCGACGACGCCGCAACUUCGGCGUCUGUUGCCAGACCACGGCCACUGACCUUGAGCUCGCCGUCCGCGUUGGCAAAGAUCGUCUCUUGAAGGUCCCUAUAGCGAAUAUAAGGAAUUUCUGUAUAAUAGCGCAUAUUGAUCAUGGGAAGUCAACGCUAGCGGAUAAGUUGCUGCAGCUGACAGGGACAGUGGAAAGCCGAGAAAUGAAGGAACAAUUCCUUGAUAACAUGGAUUUGGAGCGAGAAAGAGGCAUCACUAUCAAAUUGCAGGCUUCUCGGAUGCGUUUCAUGUAUGGCGGGGAGCCAUACUGCCUGAAUCUUAUUGACACUCCAGGUCAUGUAGAUUUCUCAUAUGAGGUUUCACGCUCACUUGCAGCGUGUGAAGGUGCACUCCUGGUUGUAGAUGCCUCUCAGGGUGUGGAAGCUCAGACUCUGGCUAAUGUAUAUUUGGCGUUGGAAAACAAUCUCGAGAUUGUCCCUGUCUUGAACAAGAUUGAUCUUCCAGGUGCUGAACCAAGCCGUGUUUGUCAAGAAAUUGAAGAGAUUGUUGGGUUGGACUGUAGCAAUGCAAUCCUCUGCUCAGCAAAGGAAGGGAUUGGCAUUACUGAAAUACUAACUGCAAUUGUUCAAAAUAUUCCACCGCCUCAGAAUACCGCUGAAAUGCCUUUGAGGGCACUUAUUUUUGAUAGUUAUUAUGAUCCAUACCGAGGUGUUAUUGUCUACUUCAGAGUUAUUGAUGGGACUAUUAAAAAAGGAGACAGGAUACUCUUCAUGGCCAGUGGGAAGGAUUAUGCUGUUGAUGAAAUAGGAGUUUUAUCUCCCAAUCAGAUGCAAGUAGAUGAGCUAUAUGCUGGAGAGGUGGGCUACCUAUCUGCUUCAAUAAGAUCUGUGGCAGAUGCAAGAGUUGGUGACACCAUUACUCACAACAUUAGAAGUGCACAACAAUCACUGCCUGGAUACAAGGAGUCUACACCAAUGGUGUUCUGUGGCUUGUUUCCCGUUGAUGCAGACCAAUUUGCUGAACUGCGUGAUGCAUUAGAGAAGCUACAGUUGAAUGAUGCUGCUUUAAAGUUCGAGCCUGAGACCUCAAGCGCCAUGGGUUUUGGCUUUAGAUGUGGAUUUUUGGGUCUUCUACACAUGGAAAUUGUUCAGGAAAGGCUAGAGCGUGAGUACAACUUGUCACUGAUAACUACUGCACCAAGUGUUGUUUAUCGAGUCAACUGCAUGAAUGGUGAUACCGUUGAGUGUUCAAAUCCAUCUUUGCUUCCAGAACCUGGCAGAAGAAGGUCAAUUGAGGAGCCAUUUGUCAAGAUUGAGAUGCUCACGCCAAAAGAUUACAUCGGUUCACUGAUGGAGCUCGCUCAAGACAGAAGAGGAGAGUUCAAAGAAAUGAAAUAUAUCACUGAAAAUAGAGCAUCAAUUCUAUAUGAAUUGCCACUUGCUGAGAUGGUUGGUGAUUUCUUUGAUCAACUGAAAUCAAGAAGCAAAGGUUAUGCCAGCAUGGAGUACUCUUUUAUUGGUUAUAAAGAAAGUGAACUCAUAAAGCUUGAUGUUCUUAUUAAUGGUGACCCUGUGGAUCCUUUGUCAACAAUUGUGCAUAAGGACAAGGCAUAUGCAGUGGGAAGGGCCUUGACUCAAAAGUUGAAAGAACUGAUACCUAGACAGAUGUUUAAAGUUCCAAUCCAGGCAUGCAUAGGCUCUAAAGUUGUUGCUAGUGAAGCUCUGUCUGCAAUCAGGAAGGAUGUUCUUGCCAAGUGCUAUGGUGGUGACAUUUCAAGAAAAAAGAAGUUGCUUAAGAAACAGGCUGAGGGAAAGAAAAGAAUGAAAUCAUUUGGUAAGGUUGAUAUACCUCAGGAAGCAUUCAUGGCUGUUCUCAAACUUGAGAAAGAGGUACUAUGACUACAUUAGUUAGUGCAAAGGGAGAUGUAGUAUUAGAGGAUAUAUUCUGGUACUUCUUUGAGGUAACCCAAUUUGUAUCACUCCCUCCAUAUCUAUUUAAUUGACCCAUUUUCUUUUUUACGUAGUUAGGAUUAUAUGAAAAGUAAGAGGUUUUGGUACUAUAGCGGUACUGUAGCUGCUUUUUGAGUGAGUUUCUUUCCAAAAAGGGAAAUGAGACAAUUAAUUUGAUACAUCCCAAAAAGGAAAGUGGGACAACUAAAUAGAUACGGAUGGAGUAUAUUUUAAGGUAACCCAAAAUGUAAAAUGCAUCACAUUCGUUUAUGCCAUAUUUACUUCAUCGGUAAACUAUUUAUUUGAAAUAGAUUUGAUGUGUAUCAUCUCACCACUCAUCC